AGAAUAUGAUGCCAUAUUCGGCCCACGGUAUGGUCUGGGCUGGGCCCGAAACCGAGACCGUUUAGCAGAGAAACCCGCGAGCCCAGACGCGCCACGUGGAGGAGUUGACAACGCCAGCAGGUGCCGGGGGUUUUAGCAAUCGAAGAGUUGAGUAGCUGAGCCGGGAGUGGCGUCCUCUCUCUCUCUCUCUCUCUCUCUCUCUGCCCCCCUCCACGGCUCUUUUCUUCUUCUUCUUCGUUUCUGCGAGAAGCGGAAGCUGAACCAGCGAUCGAAGUGCAGAGGAGACGACAUGGGGACGAGAGAAGUUUACGAGCAGAAGCUGAGGAGGGGAAACCUCUAUCACGACCCCACCAUAAAUCCCGGCCUCGGCUCCCCUCGCUGCCCCCGCUGCCUCUCCCUCUUAGACCCCACCUCUGACAGGGGAGAGUGGACAAUCACUUCCGUCCUCCAUGACGCCACUGCCGUGGCUGGUUCCGGGCUCGGUGCAAUGCUCAGUGCAGUUUAUGGCAUCAAUACAGGGAUUCCUUUCCUUCAGAAUCGCCUUAGGGGACCGAAGUGGCUUCCUUUCGCCGUUGGGCUUCCGCCCCUCCUGCUGUUUUCGGGAGCCAGUGCUGCAUUCGGAGGUUAUGCCCUUCCAAAGUUUGCUCAACUCAGUGUGACGUCUUACUAUUCUGCCUCGAGUGCCUCCCACUACUGGGUUUCGCUCCUAACGCGGCACGUUGAAGAGGCGCAUACUUCCCAAGCAGCCCAGCAAGGCAAGCUCCAGUGAUUCAUCCCUGGCAUUUCUGUAGAUUCUACUUCGAUCUGAUUUCUCUCCAAUUUUGUAAGCAGCAUUUAUUCUUGGCUCUCUUCUCAUUCUGAUGUUUAUCGCCGCUCUAUGUGCUAAGGUUUACACACUCGAAAGUGAUCUAGCAUGUACAUUGUUACAUGACUGUUCUUCUUUGGUUUUAUUUCUAUCGUAUCACGAGGAUCUGCAGUUAUACGUGAUUAAGUGAUGCGAUGCGACCUUCAA